AUGGGAAAAUUACGGUCGGUUUUUCGAUUCAAGAACAAAACAGGAGUGCCUGACACCAGACAUACCCAACAAAGCCAAAAACUCCACGAGGGAACCGACACGAAUACGACUCCCGAGGGAAAUGACGAGGCAAAUGAAGGCACCGAGAGAUCCAGCACUCCCCUUUUCACAGAGAAUACACCAAUUCGUGAGCUUUGGAUAGUAGCCUACGAGAGACUACGAGACGAAGAUGGCGAACUCAUCAAAAAUUACGAGAUCGAACUCAAAAAAAGCGUUCCCGCCAGCCUAGGGCAAAUGAUUCCCAUCAGAGCAAAUAAGAGAGACGAGGUGGAGGCUAUCCUCAGGAUCAAGAUGGAAGAGAUCAAUAAAAAUGCAUCAAGUCUGGCUAGAGUGGACGACUUCACGCAGCUCUUUUUCAAAGUUGUGGAUUCAGCCAACGAUUAUAUCAGGGGCGCCGCAAGCGCCAACCCAUACACUUCGAUAGCUUGGAUAGGUGUCAGCUUUGUUCUUCCCCUUUUACUUAAUCCUUCAGAGCAGAGGAAAGCCCUAGCGAAAGGGCUGGACUAUAUUACCUCUCUUAUUACUCAAAGCCGAAUGAGAGAAGAGCUCUAUGUUGAGUGUUAUGAGUCGCAAACCGAGAACCGUGAAAAAUUUCGACAAUCUCAUAGCCAGUACAAAACCGCCUUGGAGAAGCUUUACAGGCAGAUCUUGAGAUUCGAAGCUACAGUCUAUUGCUACUAUACUAAUACGUCUGCUCUUCGCUUUGCUCAAGAUUCUACCAAGUGGAAUAUAUGGGAGCAUUUAGUUGACGACCUUCGCGAUCAAGGCAAUAACUUUGCCGCUAUUGAAGAGAAAUGGCGCGAUAUGCAGCGCUAUGAGAAACGCUUGGCCACCGAAAGUUUGCAGCAGGCGGCCAUCGACACGUUAUCUGCCCAACUUUCUGCAUCACAAAAGGCGCUUGAGGAUGAGGAAAAAAAAGAAUACAAUGACCUACUGAAAUGGCUUUGUGAUGUUGAUCCCUCCGCUAUGCAUAAUGCCGCUCGCGACAGGCAUGAGACGGGCACGAAUGAAUGGUUGAUCAGCGAUAGCGAGGAAUUCAAGGCUUGGGAGACAGGCGAUAAGUCAUUACUGUGGCUCCAUGGGAAAGCUGGCUCCGGAAAAUCAAUCCUAACCUCAUCAGUCAUUAAAUACUUGCAAGAUCAGUACGCUUCAAAGUCAUCACUCUCGACUGCGCUGGCCUACUUCUACUUCAGCUUUAGUGAUCCCCAAAAGCAAAAAGUAGAUGUAAUGCUUGCGUCUCUUAUCAAACAGAUUUGCUCUUACUUUUCUCAAGAACUUUUAUUUCUUGAGGAUUUCCGUGGGCACAAGAGAAGAGGAGAACGCCCAGAUACUCGAGCCCUUGAGAAGAUGCUAGUGAUGUCUGCAUCGAGCUUCUCGAAUGUUUACGUUGUUAUUGACGCUCUAGAUGAGUGUCCGUUGCUAAACAACCAACGAGAAUAUUUAUUGAAAAGCUUGGGGCGUAUUCUUGUUAACGAGCCUGAAAAUCUUCACAUUUUUUUAACCAGUCGCAAAGAGCAAGACAUCGAUAAGAAGCUACGUGCUUCUCUAUCUCCACCACAACGGAUUGAAAUCGAUUUGCUAGCCCAUCAGGAGACACUUAACCACGAUAUCCACCGUUAUAUCGACCUAAAGUUGGCGACUGACGCUUUUGACUCUUGGCCAGAGAGUGUAAAAGAAGAGGUGAAACAAUCGCUUGUGGAGAAAGCGGACUACAUGUUUCAAUACGUUCGGUUUCAAUUUGAAGCACUUCAAAAGCUUAAUUCUGUGCCCAAGAUACGCAAGGCUUUGCGAGACCUUCCUAUUGGACUUGAUGCAACUUACGACAGAAUUCUGCAAUCCAUUGAUUCUGAUUUCCAAUGCCAGGUUCUAGGCUCUCUAAAAUGGCUCGCCUUUUCGAAGAGAACCUUGAGCAUUGAAGAGCUCUCUGAGGUUUUUACACUUUAUACUAUGAAUUCAAAUGAUGAUAUCUUUGACGAGGCAGAACGCCCUUUCUCUUGUACGGAUAUUCUCAAGUAUUUCUCCGGCCUAAUAGUCAACUCGUGGAGUCACUAUUCGGCAAAUACGGUUCGGCUAGUACACUUUUCUUUGAAGGAGUACUUGACUUCCUCAAGGGUAUUAGAAGGCUCUACCUCGGUGUUCUCGCUCAAUGAGGUCGAUAGCCAUCUAUCUAUUGUUCGUGCGUGCUUCGUCUAUCUGAGACACAUCAGUUCUCAAGAUGCGAAUGGCGUGAACCUUAAAUUCUCAGAUCACCCAUAUCACUUGACGAACUACGUUGGCAACUACUUGCUAGUUCAUCUUGACGAGAUCCUACAUGAAUCAGCCGAGAUUAGACAAGAAGCGUUACCUCUGCUUGCUGCUAACAGCCAAAGCUUAGUCACUCUGAUCCAUAUUGGUAGAAAUGUUCAUUGGGAGAGUGAACCUAAUCUACGGUUGAGGCCAUAUUGCUACGCUGUGUUACUCGGCCUCCGCCGGCUGACAGAAUUUCAAAUUUCUGAAGGUGUCAAUAAGUAUAUUACUCAAGAAGACUUGGGUAGAGGCCUUUCAACCGCUAUUUAUCAAGGAAACACAGACAUCAUGCAGUUGCUCCUCAAAGCAGGUGCGGAUGCCAACAUAUAUGGGAGACAUGGCACGAGCCUGAGAGAUGCGAUGAGGCGAGGGGAUAUUACUGCCUCAGACCUUCUUGAGACACACGGAACCAUUAUAAGCGGUCAUCCGAUUAUCGAAUGUAUAUCCAAAUACUACCAGGAUGAAAAAGCCGUGAAGUUACUUCUUCACGGAGGUGUUGAUAUCAAUAUGCAAGAUGGGCGCAAUGAAACAGCCAUUCACAUGGUAGUAUCUACGGGUGACGAAAGAAUUUUGAAGCUCUUGCUAGAGAGAGGCGCUGAUGUGAACGCUGGAAUACAUGAGUAUUUAGGCACGCCAAUUCAAAGAGCGUGUUGGAUUGAAAAGAACUACACGACUCAGUUCAUUAACAUGCUAUUAGACAAAGGCGCGGAUCCAAACAUUCGGGGUGGGAGAUUUGGUACAGCGCUUCAAGCGGCAUGCGCCAUCCUUUCAACUGAGGGGAGCCCUGAGAGCCCCUAUUUUCGCCGUGGCCUCCGUUAUGACAGACAUAGCUACAACACGAUCGUCAUAUCGCGAAACAUACGGCUUCUCAUUGAUCACGGCGCCGACGUGAAUGUUCAAGGAGGGGAGUACGGAACAGCUCUCCAUGCCCUAGCAGGAUCGAGAGAACCUGAAACGGGUCAGUUGAUAGAGCUUCUCUUGAGCAAUGGUGCGAAGGUCAACCGACUAAGUGACUGGGGAACAGCAUUGCAUGUUGCCUGCCAUGAGGGCAUGAUAGAGACAAUUCAGUUGCUGCUCGACCAUGAUGCGGAUGUGAAUGCAAUAGGCGGCAGAUUCGGCACGCCACUACAAGCUGCUGUAACUUCAAUGGGCUUGAGACUGACAACAAAGGACACACUUGCUCGUGAAAGGGAGCUGAUACUGGAAAUUGUAGAGCUGCUCUUAGAGAGAGGCGCUGAGAUCAAUCAAAAGGGAGGGAAGUACGGAACUGCACUCCAAGCUGCUUACGCCAACGAAUAUGUCGACAUGAAGCUGAUCCGCUUGCUGCUCAACCACGGGGCAGACGUUACCGCAGAAGGCGGGCACCAUGAAACCAUGCUUGCCGCCGCUUGCAGCAACCCUGAGAUAGGCCUUGAGAGUGUGCAAAUGCUGCUGGACCGCGGCGCUGAUGUCAAUGCAAGAGGGGGCGCGGACGGAACAGCACUUAUAGUUGCCUGCAAACGUGGAAAUCUUGAGCUGAUGCAAGUGCUGGUUGGCUAUGGCGCUGAUGUGAAUGCAAAAGGCCCACAGGGCCAGACCGCUCUCACAACAGCUUUUUACAACGGGAACUACGGAUUCAUCUCAUCAGUGGUGAAAUUACUACUCGAAAAGGGCGUUGACGUGAAUGCGGAAGAUGAAGAUGGUCGAACGCCUCUUAUGCUUUCUUGCUACGAAAAGGAGAGACUUGAGUUGGUGAAAUUACUGCUCAAAGAGGGCGCUCAUGUAAAUGUGGAAGACAAGGAUGGCCAAACGCCUCUUGCCUUUGCGUGCAAGUAUAAUGGAGGCGCCGAAAUGGUGGAAUUGCUGCUUGAGCAUGGUGCAAAUGUUUUCCAUCGGGACUCUGCUGUCUGGCACGAGGUUGCCCACCUACCACGCUCGACAGCUACACCGGGAGACAUACUUGCUAUGCUCAAGCUUCUCCAUAACUACCACAUCGACGUCAACCAUGUGCAUAAAGGGUAUGGUACCAUGUUGACCUCUUUGGUUAAAAAAUGGUAUCCAGACCCUAAAAAGGAGUUAUAUCCUAGCAUCCGCUGGUUACUCGACCAGGGCGCUGAUAUCAAUAUCAUGGGCGGGGACUUUGGUUUCCCGCUCCAAGCGGCAUGCACACUCACUGGUAUAUCACCAGACAUUAAUUCUAACUCUGCCAGUACGAAGUUGUUGCUCGAAAUAUGCCCCGAUAUUGAUGUCAAUGCCCAAGGCGGAAGAUUCGGCUCGGCACUCCAGGCAGCCGCUUUUUCGGGUCAAGCUGAAUCAGUCAAGUUACUGCUUGAGAGAAAUGCCAAUGUCAACGCGGCAGGCGGCAAGUAUGGCAGCGCUUUGAAUGCUGCUAUUGUUACCGGCCACUGGAAUAUCGUUGAGAUUCUACUACAAGCGGGGGCCACACCUGAUUGUUAUUUCCAACAACAACCUGAUGAAGAAUGGCUUGAAAUGAUUCGAAAGGAAGAUGAUGUUGCUUAUGUGGACACGAAAGGUGCUGCUGAGAGAUAUAUGAAGUUCUGGGAGGUUCAGAGCAAAUCUAGAUUGAGUAGUUAG